AUGAUGGAAGAAAUCGACCGGUUCCAAGUACCUCCAGUCAACGGAGAGACGCAGCCUUUGGUAAGAGAGAAGAGAGGAAAAUCACAUCCUAUGCUAAUACUUCCUUUUGGGUUUAAACAUUAACAUUUUGGUGUGGUUUGUGCGGGUUUAUGGUGACAGCUGUGUCACAUGAUCUGCGCUAACUGAAGCUAACUGAUAGCAAUGCUCAGCUAUGGCACAAACUGGAUCUGUGGGAUGGGUGUAGAUGGAUUUUCUGAUGGUGAAAGGAUAGCGGUUCACGGUGUCUCCUUCUCCUUUGACUGGCUACAGAUAAUACAUGUAUGGAUGAGUGAACGAGUAAUGCUUUGGGUUCUUUUAUUAUGGUAAACAGAAUACGCAGUUGACUUAAAUCGAGAUUUUUUUGGUAUCUCUCACACGUCAGUAUGCGCUUGUUUGCAUCAUUAGCUGACACAGCCCACAGUUUUCACGUUUCGUCGUGGGGUGACGUGUUAUUUGGGUCGGGACGGCGGUGAUUGCGUUUAUUGUGGUCCAAACCGACACGACAGACUGCUACCUUAAUGAUGGCCAUCCUCUGCAGGCCCACAUCAAGAGAUAGCCUCACCUUCAAUGAUUAUUUCUUUUACAAUUUUAGACCUACUAAUGACACAGGAGUAUUGGGGAGAGUGGGAUAAGAUGAGCCAUUCUUCAUAUUUCAGAUUACUACAUCAAGGCAAUCAUAGUUUUGUCUCUAACUAGUGAAUCUGCAUAUAUUUCAAGAUGUUGUGCAUCCCUGCAAACCAACAGAAUGAGUGUAAACAUAACUGUCUUUAUAAUAUAGCAUGUCAAAAAAAAGUGAUCUCUUAUGGUCAACAUACCCCGUGUAUGGGGUAAGUUGACCAUAAGAGCAGGGUAUGUUGAGCCAUAUCCCUACUACCCCCCCACUCUCCACCCCAGCCCUCUCUCACCUUCUCUCUCCCUAAAUAACAGUCACUUCUUCACAUCCAUGUGUAUUUUUAUCCUUUUUAAAAUCCUUUUUAUUAUUACUGCAUAUAACUGCUAAAAGCUGUUUUGUAAAAAGCCAUUUUAACAUGAAAUUGUUUUUAAGUGAUUCAGAACAUUCACAGCUGUAUUUUUGAAAAGAAAAAGUAACACAUUUCAACAAUCUGAACUGGAACUCUGAUCCUCUCAUCAGACUCCUUUACUUUCUCAGUUGAGCCACUGGCUCAACUUACCCCAGAACUACAAUUAUGACUUUAUUAGUCCUCAGAGCUAAAAUGGUGGACUUAUCUUAGGCUACGUUCACACUGCAGGUUAUGAUGCAAAAUUCAGAUUUUUUGUUAAAUCCGAUCUUUUUGUGCGGUUGUUCACAUUACAACAAUGAAUACGGCAUCUAAUGUGAACGGAAUUUCUCUGUGAAGUGACCUGCAUGUGCUCAAAGCACAAAUUGCUUUCCGUGCCUGUUUGUGUUGUCGAACAAUGGUGACGUUUCUUGCAUAUUGAUGACGUAUAGGUCGGAUAAACGCGACCUGAGUGCCCACACUGCAGUCACAUCGGAUACAUAUCCGAUUUAUAUCCUCAUACAAUAGAGGCCUGGGUCGGAUUUGAAAAAAUCAGAAUUGUACUGUUACAUGAAAAAAUCAAAUAUGUGUCACAUAUGGUUAAAAAAUCGGAAUUGACCUGCAGUGUGAACAUAGCCCUAUGCUAGGUUUUUGACCUCAUUUUGUAGCUCAUAGGUACUACAAUUGCUGUAUAAAACUAAUUUAAAAUGAUCUUUUUUGGUUUGAACACAAUUCUAAUAAAACUUAUGACAGACUAAAUUCACUUUCAAGAGUGAAAAAUGUUUUUUUGGAAAUAAAUCUCUAACCCCUUCAUCCAUGUGCUUCUAACCUUCACAGACUCCAUCUCCUAAAUAUUUGGUUAUAUGAUCAAUUUCUUUUACCAUUUCCGAGCAACGGGGAGUGGCUGAACUUACCCUUUGGCUCAACUAACCCCACUCUCCCCUAUUCUCACCAAAGCCUGUCUAUAGGCUAGCUGCUCCACUGCUUUCAUCCAUGUAUAUUUCAUUUGGGUUUUAAUAAUCCAUCUUGUUUUAAGCAUGCAUCAUUCUGAUUUCGAGACCUUAUCCCCCCACACAUCAGAUAAAACACUGUCAAACAGCUGUCCCUCCCCCUUUUUUAAGUGUUUGCCUGCAGGGGUUUAAGCAGAGUUCUACUGAUCAUUAAAGUAGCCCAGCUUCCUCAGUCCCACUCUCCCUAAGGCGAAACUUCUGCAAAAAUCACUGAAGUCAUAUACAAUUCCCAGUAUAGAAAGUCUCCUUUUGUAUGUUGGAGCAACAUGCCUUGAUUUAUGAAGACUUGAUUGAUCCACUUUCAUACUUCAACCACCUCGAUACCUAUUAAAAUUGAAUCCAAACUCAGAUAUGUUAGUGGCUGCAGUGUACCAUGUCUAAGGCCUUAUUUGUCCUGCCUAGUUUAUUCAUCACCUCAUGUUACUGUCAUCAUACCAGAGUGGAACAGCUAUGUGCGUCUCAUUAAUGUCACCUCAAAUCUUUUGCUGUCCCAGCAGCUUCUGAAACAGUUCCUCAUUCAGGAUUUGUUCCGCACCUGAUUGUGUCAGGAUCACAGUUGCUGUGGCACACAUGGCUGUGCAUUUUAAUGCUAAUGGCGUCAUUGUGAUUCCUAAACCGCAUGAAUGCACAUAGCACCUGCUUCAUUGUUGAGACUGGAUUUCACCAAAUAAAGCCUCUUUAUGCAGGAUUUUUAGUGGUUUCAAAGACUGAGAUUUGGUCUUUUAUCUAGUGUAUGUUUUAAGCUAUAUAGUCAUUUUGCAGAUGUUGAAUUAUAUUGUAAUCAACACUUAGCCAGAACUACUUUAUUGGAUAAAACACACCUUAAACUACAUUUUAGCUGCUUGGUCUCUGUUCAGCAAAGGGACUGUUUGCACAGGAACCUGAAUCACAUUAUGAUUGUGAUACAACCCAUUUUCCAGUGCUAUAAUGAUAGGAUACAGCUGCUAUAAUGGUCACCUGAUGUAUCAGUCUGCACUACUACUGGCCAUGAUGAAUAAUCCUACCAAUCGCCUGGUGUCUGUGCUGUGUCAGCAACCUUGUGGCUCUUCAUCAUCAGAGGCAGUAAAGGAGUCCUGAACAGAAGUGCGGGUGGAUAAAACUAAGAGGUCAUUUCAUUUAUACACAGAGCCUGUUUUAGUGUGUGUGUGUGUGUGUGUGACCAUGAGUGAGUGUCAGUGGGUGUUUGUGAAUUUAUAUUGAAGGUCAGGGCCACACUGGUCAUGUUGGACCAUGUUUUAUGUUGAUACAUCAAAAUCAAAGUGUUAUAGGUCAGCUCUUAAUCAUUUGUGAGUGGCUGUCAGCACACAGUCAUAUGAUUAUACAGGAAAUUACAGGCUUUUAAUGGCUUUAGGAUCAUGUUGACUUUGCCAAACUUUACCAUAAUGUUAUAACUGCCUUUUAGCAAAUAAGGACAUAAUAGGGAACUGAACACAUAUAAGGAGUGAAGGAGUGAAGUAAAUCAUAGUUCACUUGCUAUUGCAGUAUGAGAGAAAUUCUGAAUUAAUCACAAUGAACAAGAACUAAUAUUUGACGCUAACAAACACUGCAUUUUCAUUUAGUAUACUCUCAUUUAACUUUCAGAUUGGGACCUUGACAUGUUGGCCUUUUACAUCAAUUUGAUGCUGUUAGGUGAAGCUGAUGCUAGCAAAAAACUACCCUCAGAUUGAUGCCUCUCUAGUGGUAAUUUUGGAUUUUGUGCAUCAUGUUGUAAUCACAGGUAUUUUUAAAAACUGUUUUAAAAGCAGAUUGGCAUUCAAACUGUAAGGCAUAGAAAAGUACAUAAUUUAUUUUAUUUAUUGUAUAUAAAUAAAUUUAUAUAUAAUAAAUUUAUAUAUAUAUAUAUAUAUAUAUAUAUAUAUAUAUAUAUAUAUAUAUAUAUAAAUUUAAAUAUAAAAUAAAUUUUGUAUAUUUAUUGUAUAAGUAUUAUUGACACAGUAACCAAGAAAUGCGAUAUAUCAUUGCAUUCUUUCCUCAUUUUGUGCAAACCUAUAAUAAGGACCCAUUUUUUUUUUGAGUUUUAAAGUUUGGCACUUUUUGCUAAUCUGAAAACUGACAUAUUGAUAGUUGACAUAUUUUAAGAAAAGGUUUAACUUGUUUAUUUGGGGCUCCCCGCUUCUUUCUACCAGCACCUGUGCUGCCUAUGUUCAAGAAGUGGAUUCAGUCACAGCCAGCUUAGUACUGAAUCCCUUUCAUUAUUCACCACCAGUGCUGCUAAAACAUUUCAAAGGGAUUUAUUUGACAGACAGUAUGACCCUACAUCCUCCCACAAUCUUCCCGUGGUUGGAGGGAAAUGUGAAAAACAAGAGUAAAGGGGAAAAAAAAUCUGUGUGGUAAGCCUAAUGAUACGAGGGAAAGGGCCUGUCACAGAACAGAGGAGGAGCUCAUGUUUGUGCUGGUUUCAGUGGGAAUACCUCAUCUGUGUGCUGGGCUGUGUUUUCACUGCUCUUACAGUACUAGAGCGUAUAAUGUAUUCACUGUUGCAGCUCUGGGUAAUUAUUCCAGUUAAGUGAACAAUGUCACCAGAUGAGGACAUUGUAUUCAAUGAAGGUGUAUUCGGCCGACACUGGACCCACCAGCCUGUCAUUUACUGUUGUUUUUAGCUCUUGCCUUAGGGAAUGGGUGAAGAUUUACUGUUUUACAACAAGAGAUUGAUUCAUGUUGUUGGCUGCACAUUAAAAUCGCUAACACACUGUGCCUAUAUGAGGUUCCUGUUUUAACAGAUAGUUUUUCUGGACGCUUGGUUUUAAAUGAGCAGCAUGAAAAUCGAUAUGCAAAAUACGCAUCUCACUGUCUCUGAUGAAUACCCAUGAAUUUUUCAUAUGACCCCAUGAGAUUGGAUUAGCUCUCUCGGUCCCAUAGUAUUGGCCCAAAUUGUUGCAGCAUUUCAAAGUAAACAUAUAAAAAAGGUUUGGAUAAAAUGUUCAGGCCUCAUCUGUUCCUGGACUUUUUAGUUUUGUAGUCUCAUCAUGCACUUUUCAAAUCUAUUUUUUUUCUUUGCUUUGAAUUAUAAAUGUGCACAAUUCUCUUAUAUAUCCUGUAUUGAUAUCCAAUAUUUUCAAAAGUCCUUGCACUUGGUGGUUUAUAUUAAUAUUUCACCUUAAAUCUAAAUCUCCCAGGUUUAUCUCAAGGUAUUUAAUAAGUGAGAGGGCCCUUCAAAUGUAGCAGUCAUUCUUUUAGAGCUAAUACAGAAUUAUUGGAGGCCAAAGCCUUGUAGCCUCUGUCCAUGUGGCCCUUGGAGUCCCUCAGAGUGCAACAAGGGGAGGCCUGUAGGAUCAACAUAAUGUGGAGCUCUGUAAGCAGCGCAGGCCAAGUGCAGCCCAGCUCCCCUCUCUCUCAAACUCAGGGAAACUGAGCAGCUCCAACAGCAACCCUCUCUGUUCUCCCACGGCCUCCUCCCCAUGCCAUCACUGCUCACACAUAAAAGAGACAGAGCCUGCGACAUAGGCAGAACACUUGAGCCCAUUGAUGCUGGCAGCCAUUGCAGCACAUAGGCUUGGAAAAUCUCGCCAGGGUAUUGAACACAAGCAGGUCCUUAAAAAUCGGCAGAUUUUCAGUGCUGGGCUCGCCUGGUAAUGAAUCAGUGUGUAGCUCUGGGUAUUGUGUAUUUUCAGGCUUCAGGACUGUGUUCAAUUUCAGGUGGCAAAUAGAAGUAAUGUACAAGUUGAUUGUACCACUACAGCUUCAGUCCAUGUUUAAUCGCUUUAGCAGACUGAAUUAGCAGACUCUGCAGCUGUGACACAGCAGGAUUAUGAUGAGCUAUGGAGAUGGAAGCUGCUAGAAUAUAUACUUGAGAGGAAUCUGAUUAUAUCUAGGUAGUGUACUACAUGUUAGGUGUUUGUAAUAUGUGUUUAAUGAUCAUAAAUGGGUCCAUCUAUUGAUUUACUUAUGAUGUAUUAAAUAUCACUAUUACAUACACAGUGUGAAACAUUGUUCAUAUAUAUUUACAUAUACAUGUUUUCUUUUUACUUCAAAGAAAAUAUUGUUUUUCAUUUAAAUGCUGAGAUAGGCUCAGAAAAAAAUGUACAAAAAGUUGAGAUGAAUGCAACUAAUGCAAUAGUUCUCCGAUACUGUGAUUUACAAACUACUUAUUCUGCAUCCAAAUUCUGAUGCAGCAGACCUCAGGUAUUGGCCCAGAGAGUCUACAUAGUAUCAUAGAGUCAUGGAAAUUAGGAUGUACACCCCAAGUCAUAAGUCUCGUCAUUAAAUUGCUUGCAUGCUGUCUACUGUGCCUUUCUUUCCAGGACCCAGCUGCAUCCUCCACCUCAGAGGUCGACCCUGACACCAAGGGAGAGACUGUGGCCAUGAACUACAAGCCCUCACCCCUUCAAGUCCAAAUAGGUAUAACAAUUAUUCAUUAUUUAUCAUGUAAACUAUGGUGUUCUGACGUAAAAGGUUUAGCAGUAAGCCUAUGACAAUGAAAUGUAGUGGCAGUGCAAGGGCAUGGCAGAGUAAUAUGCAGCGGGCAGGAAGAAGUGUGACUCCAGCCGCAAGCGAACUUGAUCCAGCAUCUUUCCGCACAUUUGUGCUGGGACGUAAAUGUGUUUACAAGUUAAUAAUCAGAAAAUCACUUCUUAUUCUUCAGUUUUGCCACAUUGUUUACUGAACCGGUACUCUCUAUUUCCACUUUCUCUGUGUCAGUUGACUCCCGUUGCUCACACUGUCACCUCAACUCACUCAAACAACCUCCGCUCCCAUCUGUACACUACAUGUGCAACUCUCGACAAAGAUAGGGAUGGAGUGAGAUGGCUAACAUGUAAAGUACUUCCAGGCACACUAUAGGCUAUGUGCUGUUCAUUUAUUUUGCCAUGUAUUGGAUUCAUGCAGCCGAUGCUGGUUGGGUCAGGGUCGGUUGAAUAGCCUGGGCAUAAGCAGUCCUGAUGAUAGAAAUUAGAGACGGACCUGUUAAUCAGUCUUGCUAAUUAAUGGCAUUUUGAGAUAAUCAAAAUCAGCUGAUGCCUGGGGUCACAUAGCCAGUUAAAACAAUAAACAGAUAAUAUGUGUUUUAUAUGUAUUCUGAUAUUAUAUAAGGACUAAUGGAGUUCACUGUUGCUCUUGAUGUAAAUAUCAGUCAUCCUCUGAAAUCUUAAGCAUAAUCCAAUGCGUAUUUCUAUUUGAUGAAUGAAUUAAAUAUCCACCUGAAACACACAAUUUAAUCAAGCUCAGAUUACCAUGUGUAAUUAAUUGGAGUGUGUAUGGAUUAAUUAGUGUUAUAAUUAUAAAAUAGUUUUAUUUAACAAAAAUAUGAAAACAGUAAUGUGACACAUCUGUAAUGAGAGACUGCAGUAUAAACUUCAGCGUAAAAGGUCCAAAUGAGUGACAUCUCUCUUUUAAAGAUCCUCCUGUCCGAUUUUGUGUGAUCAUUGAAAGUAUUUCGUGUCAGUGGAGUUUUAUUCCACAGCAUUGCAUGAUGUCUCUAUUGAUGAAGGUUUCCCAAUACUUCUGAGCUGUGUCUGUUUUUGGAACGAUGUAGCUCUGCGAUGUAUUUUUGCUGAGCUCAAACCUUGUUGUCUUUUUGUCGUCUUGUGAGCAAAAAAGAAAAAAAUGUUUCUGAAACAUCACCAGAAAACAUUUUUGUAUUGUGAGUUUUGUCUUUUUUUUUUUUCAGAAAAACAAACAAAGAAAAACAAACUCAGUUUUUAUUAACUCCGUCAGACAUUGACCUUCCUACACCUAUAGUUGGAAAAGCAAUAACUUUUAUACCUAUAUCCUUUUACUCACAUGCUGAUGAAGGUUUACUGCCUCAUUUUUCACAUAACCUAAAGCGUGUUUUUGUGUUUUUUUUUGUAAAUUUACCAUAGAUGGUCAUAGAUUUAAUAUGUGUAUUUACUGAUGAUCUCACUUCCUGUGGUUACUCAGAGAAACAGAGGGACCUUGCCAGGAAGGGCUCAGUGAAGAAUGGUACUGUGGGAAGUCCUGUCAAUCAACAACCCAAGAAGAAUGCCAGGACAAGGUAACAGCUGCCAGGACUUCUGUUUUUUCUUUUUUAUUCGUUACCCUUUGCUUUAAUCAGAAUCUCAUUGAAUGUUUUUGUGUCCUCUGCGUCACAUCCAAUGCAAAACAUUACAAGUGAGCAGGAUGUACAACACUCAGACUUCUCACUCUCUUAUGAGGAGUCAUGCUGAUUGCAUCCUGGCUUCUUAAUUGUUAAAAAAUCCUACAAAUCUUCAUGGUGAACAUGGAUGUUUUCUUUUUGAUGAUAAAAGAGUCAAAGUGCUGAGCAUAAACCCAGUGCAAGCCACGGUAUUGACAACUGGCUCAUCUGUCUAAUCCCACUCCCUGCUGGAUUAGUGGAAAUAUAAGAGAGGCGACUGCCUCGUCUGGACCCCGAGUCGCAGAGGGGGAAAGAUAAUCUGGAAACGCCUGUAGUCUGAAGGCUAAAGAUUAGCCCCAAUUUUUGGGUCAUUGUAGCCUCUAAGAGGAGUGUCCUUUGUGGGACAAAUAUCCUGUUUUGCAUCAUUUGAAAUCUUUUGAAGUAUUCUUUCUUGUUUUUUUUAAACCAGUAAAAGUACAGGGUGAUAUUUGACAUUGAAUACCGGUUUUCUAUGCUUUUCUAUAGGUUGGUGGUGCCCAACAAAGGCUACUCCUCUCUAGACCAGAGCCCAGAUGAGAAACCCCUGGUCGCACUGGACACUGACAGGUAUCGUGAUUUUGAUUCUUCACAUCAAGUUCUGUAAGACACAAGCAGGAGGACGAACUUUCAGGCUGACCUUGAAGACCAAACUGGCUAUGUUGCCGUUUUGUAGUGCACUUCGGCAUGAUGAGACAUUAAACAUAAAGCAACUUGAGAGAGUUCUUUACAGAGGGGAUCCUAAAAAAGCCUCUCACUGGGUGCAGGAUUAGAGUGUAGCGGGGUGAGGAUUUGGAAGGGGAAAAGCGGCUCAGAGGGAGGGCCUCUGUAGCAGCAGGUCUGUAUUUGACACGGAUGAGUCCCACUCUUUGUGCCCUCCGUUUGCUGCUACAUGAGGGAAACCAUCUCAUGUCAAAUGUGAGCUCUGGAAGCCAACCAGGCUUAUAUCAUCACAUAUUGCAUCACGCACACACACCCUCUAUCCAGCUCUCUGACUCACAGACACAUGCACAACAGCCAUUUGUUUAUUGUCCACAGUUAAGACUCACAUGCACAGCCCCUGCACAAUUGCCCUGUUUUGUAUGCGUACAGUGUUUGAGAGGCAGAUUUCACAUUUGGGUAAAAGGUUAGUAGCCCUCUGCAUUUCCAUCAUAAUAAUAAAUCUAGGAUCAAAUUAUGCACAAAAAGGUUGUUAGGGUCAUUUGUGUUUUUGAACUUGUGCUAUGAUGCAUUUACUCAUUCUGUGCAAUUAUCAAAUACUCUUUCUACAUCCAAAGAUGGUAUUAGAUCGGCUCUGUGGGUUAAAAUGCCAAGUCAGUGACUUAAAGAUAUCAAUGUGUAAGGGAGAUUAAGUUGUAAACGAUUCUUGUCAAAAACACCUGGAAAAGAAAAUGUGAGUCAGUGAGAAAAGUCUCAAAAUCUCUGGAGAAAUUUGAAGUCAAGUGCAGCAAAGGUUUGUUCUCCUCCUGGAUACAACAGCAAACACAUCCAAAUAAUAACAAUAAACCAUGAGUCAGCUCCAGUUAAGAUGGAAGGAUUUGUUUCUGACAGUGGAUUUGAACUAUUACUCUGAAUGUCUACAUUACUCCAUUAAAAACAUCAUUUUCAACACUUUGUUUGGAAAUUGAGGACACACAUUAUAACGCCCGAAUUGUGUUUGAAGAAAUGCUGAGUCAGCAAAACAAACCCUGCUUUAUUUCUCAAGUACUCUCUCCCUCCCUCCCCUCUGUGUGCACCAGCUUUUCAGGCCAUUUCUCGGUCCGUUUUCUAAUUAUCCCUUUAACUCGAAUAUCAUCUCUGAUACCAGUACUGGUGAUUUUUAACACAGAAUACAUAAAGAUUGUCAUAGUUUCAAUCUCAGAGUAUAUAAUCCAACCUGUAAUGUAUUUUAACAUAAACUAUAAUGAAUUACAGAUGAUUUUGGAAACAGACAAAGAAUAUAAGAAGACAAUACAAUAGAGGAAUAAUGGGCUCUUUUUACCUUGUGAAAACAGCUAAAUGUAUUCCUUAUAAUGUUAUUAGAGUCAUAGGGAAUAAAUUAAGGGACCACACAGGUUUUCAGAGAGAGACUGUAAACAAUCCAAACUUAGACCGCAGAGUUAACUUCUUAUGUUUUUCUUUUUUUACCUGCACAUAAGAUGAACCUCACAGUAUUUCAGAUUUAUGCCUUUCUCUCAAAGUAGUGACCUCCCAACUUUACCUUUUGUGAUAUAAAUGAAAGAUUCAUUAAAAAAAUAAAUAAAUUAAAGAGUAAAAUAAAAACAAACAAAAGUAGUAAUUAUGUGCAAAAAUAUAAAGAUAAAAGGACGUCAUGUUUUUUUUUCUCAAUCGGUCAUGUGACAGAAAAUAAAAAUAUUAGUGUAUCUCCAAAAAAAUUCAAUAUUGUGCAAAACUUAUUUUUUCUUUAUGGUGACUCAAAAUAAGCCAAAUAAUUCUAAAUGAAGUUUACGAACAUUUUGUAUUUACCUUUUUUUUCUUUUUUAACUACAGGCACUACAAUUGAAAUGAGAAAAAUGGGUGAAACAUUUUAGUUCAUGAGGUCAAUCUAGAAUCUAUGACUUUCUCACUUUCCUGUUAAGACACUGUCAACCUCUUCCUUUAAAAAACUUCAUACUGUUCUUUGGAGCCUGUCGUCUGACUCGCUUAUCUUUAACUGUGCCUGUCUCUUGUCUUUCAGUGAUGAUGACUUUGAUAUGUCCAGAUACUCUUCAUCAGGAUACUCCUCAGCCGAGGUGAGAUGUCUGAGGGACCAGGUAUCUAUAAACACAUUAUACUGUUUCACUGCGUCAUUUGGUGAACCCACAAACAUCUACACCUGAUCACCCAGUUCCAUUGUCACACCACCCACACCAGGUAUAUGUGCAUCUGUUGAUUUAAAAAAAAAAAGACUGGGACUUCUCCAAGCCUGGAUAGUCACUGUUAUUUGUACCCAAAUACCCAUAAUCCUCAUCCAAACUCCCGAUCAUUUCUACCUCCUUGUGUAGAAGUUUUUGUGUCAUUUCCUUUUCCUGUGCCCAUUUCAACCUGGCUGUACUCCAUGUUCCUUUUUUCAGUUUUUACAAAAAUAUAUUCUUUUUGAUCACCUUUUUAUUUGAGCAGUUAUAAUUUGAUAAAUCAACGUGAUUUCUAUUGUAAUUAUUCUUGUUAUUCCCGAUGUUAUGUUUAGUCUUAAUUUCCUCGGAGCUCUACUGAUACUGUUUUUGUUUCUCCCUCCUGCAGCAGAUCAACCAGGACUUGAACAUCCAGCUCCUGAAGGAUGGGUACCGGCUGGAUGAGAUCCCAGAUGACGAGGACUUGGAUCUGAUCCCCCCUAAAGCAGUCAACCCCACCUGCAUGUGCUGCCAGGCUGCUCCCUCUACAGCCUGCCAAAUCCAGUAG